AUGUUUGCAUUAGUUCAAUUACAUGUCGAAUUUACUGCUGUGCAAAUACUUUUCUUUAUUCCUAAAAAUAACGUGGUGAUUCAUUCUGUCGCUCCCACAAGUUCAUUUUGUAAUAGUUCUUCCUACUUAUGCUCAAGACCAUCGCCGAUUUCAGGAGCAUGGGAACAAUACAGUGAGAAUUACUGCUUCGUGCAGAACACGUACUUUGUCCGACCAGAUAGCUACAUUCCGGACAGCGUGAUCGAUAGGGAAAACUCUGAAAUAGGUUACUACCAAUGGGUGCCGUUUAUACUCGGCAUACAAGCGAUUCUGUUCUAUCUACCGGCGAUGUUCUGGCGACUUUUCAACUGGCAAUCAGGAAUUGCUGUGAAAUCGCUAGUAAAAAUGGCGAGGGACACGACCGACAUGCAGCCGGAAAGGAAGCGAGAAGCCGUGAUGGUAGUCGGAGCCCAUAUUCAUGAUUCACUUCGCGUUCAGAGGAAAAUCUCUCAAUACAGUGAGUUUCGUUACUACCAAUGGGUGCCGUUUAUACUCGGCAUACAAGCGAUUCUGUUCUAUCUACCGGCGAUGUUCUGGCGACUUUUCAACUGGCAAUCAGGAAUUGCUGUGAAAUCGCUAGUAAAAAUGGCGAGGGACACGACCGACAUGCAGCCGGAAAGGAAGCGAGAAGCCGUGAUGGUAAAUCAAUAA